GCUUUUCCUGGCAGUAAUGGCGGCGCCGGUACGGAGGUUGGUCGGCGGCGCAUAUUCUUAUGGACUGCUUGUGUUUCGGUGCCCGAACUUUUUAGUUUCUCGCGGUUUAGUAUCUUCGACUAAAGGAGUGGUGUCGCCAUGGCGGCUGCACGGAGCCGUGUGCUUGAAAAGGCCGACGGUAGUUUCGCAGCUAAAGAGUCCCCAGCAGCAGGAAGUGGAAGACAUGCUGCAGCAGAUGGAGUUGGAGAGCAGCUUGUAUUCAGACCAUGAGAUCCGACUUAUGGAGGAUACAGCACGUCUUCGCAGAAAGCAGUCCGAUCAUUAUGAUUCAGAUGAAGAAGAUGAUAAAGAAAUUGUAUUAGCUCAAGAUCUUGAGGAUAUGUGGGAACAAAAAAGCAGGCAGUUUAGACUUGCACCACGAAUAACAGAAGCAGAUAAAAAGAAUGACAAGUCUACCAUAAACAGGAAAUUAGCGAAUAAUCUUGUGCUGUUGGUAAAAGAGAAGAUUGGCAAGGAAGAAAUCUGGAUGUUUCCACAGAUGGAAUGGCAGUUUGGGGAGACAAUGAGAAAAACAGCUGAGAGGGCUUUGACUUCUCUAUCAGAUAAUCAUAUUCCAGCCCAUUUUCUUGGAAAUGCUCCAUGUGGCUUUUACAAGUACAAAUUCCCCAAGCUUUUGAGAGCAGAGGAUGUGGUGGGAGCCAAAGUGUUUUUCUUCAAAGCUUUGCUUAAAAGUGGUGACUUUACCUUCAACAAGAAACAAGGAGAGUAUGUCUGGGUUGCUAAGGAAGAGCUCAAGGACUAUUUAAAACCAGCAUAUCUCUCACAAGUGAACAGAUUUGUGAUAGAACUGUGACAAUUCUGUAAAUAUAGUUAAUAAAUGUUUGAAUUCUGUUUGCCUCCUUUGGACUUAUAAUUUUGCAUUGGUUGCCUCGUAGAGUCUGCACAGUUAGCAAUCUAGAGUUUCUUAUCUAAAGUGUUACAAAGAUAAACCUUGUUAGUUGUCUAUAGAAUAUGGACAUUUGGUAUAUGCUUUAGCACCAAAAUACAACAUAGUAAAAUGGUGCAAAUGUGACUUAAGUAGAAUCCCUCAUGAAAUUGCUGUUUACCAUAUUUAAGAUUCCAAUACUGUUCAAUGUCAUCUUUAUAGACACAUGGAGGCAGAUUUAUUAAAAAUUUAAUUUUUAUUUAUUUUUUUUUAAUUCGAAUAAACUCAUUUCCAC